AAAUUGUAAGUGUUUAAAAUGCUAUAUUUCAAAAAGCGUGUUGUCCUCAAAUGUAACCUGGCACCGCAGUGGAUAAUCCUGCUAGGAGACAAGUCUCCAACGCGGAGAAGUGAAGAAACUGGUCCAGUGCUGUUGCUGCGAGACCCGCUCACCACCAAGAAGAAGACUACGGGCUGCCUGGCGCACUUUUCGGCACAGUUUGGUUCGGAUACGUGCGCGCUGACCGGUUUUACGCACUGCUUCCCUGUAUGGAGAGCGCAGGUUUUACGCCAAUGGCAAGUCCGGUGGCAGACAUAGGACAGUCUCAUCAGCAGCAUCACCUCGACACGGCCGCAGACAGUGCCAUCCAGGAGGCGCGCAAAUGGAUAGAGGCUGUGACAGGACGAUGCUUUGGUGAGAAGGAUUUCCGAGGAGGCCUGGAGAACGGGAUACUCCUAUGCGAGUUGCUGAGUUCCAUUAAACCUGGCUUGGUGAAGAAAAUCAACAGACUUCCAACUCCCAUAGCUGGUCUGGACAACCUGAGUGCUUUCCUGCGCGGCUGUGAGGACUUAGGACUGAAAGGAUCUCAGCUGUUUGACCCUGGAGACCUUCAAGACACCUCCACUCCACAAACUAACAAGGGAAGCGUCUGCAGCCGAAAACUCAAGAAUGUUCUGAUCACUCUCUACUGGCUGGGUCGUGCUGCCAACUGCUGUACCUCCUACAACGGGCCCACGCUGGACCUGGCACAGUUUGAAGGCCUGCUGUCACAGAUGCGAAAGGAGGCAGAGGAGGCUGACAGCCCCGGACGCAGCAUCAGGGACAGUGGCUACAUCGACAGCUGGGACUCGGAGCGCAGUGACUCUCUCUCUCCUCCUGCACACGGCCGAGAGGACUCACUCGACAGCCUGGACUCCCUCGGCUCUCGCUCCAGACACACGCCGUCCCCUGACGCCCUGGGGCCCCGCGCCAACAGCGAUGGCCGCGGCAGUGACUCAGAGUCGGACGGCCCGUUUCACAGGAAGAUGCCGGACGUGCGUAAAGACGACAUGUUGGCACGGCGGACCUCUGUGAGUGAGCCCAAAGCCGCUAUGCCCUUUAACCAGUACCUGCCCAAUAAGAGCAACCAAAGCGGCUACAUGCCCCUCCCCCUGCGAAAGAAGAGGAGUGACAGCAGCGAGAGCAGCCGCAAGAGCUGGAGUACCGCCACCUCACCUGUAGGGGGAGACAGACCACUCAGAUUCAGCCGCACAGACAUUGUGUCAGAUGAGCCUCAGAGCUUGAGUAUGAUUGACAUGCGGGAUGGAGAGGACCCUCACAGCCAGGCCCGCCAUGAGCUCAUGCACAACCAGUACAACCGCAUCAAGGAGGACGAGAGCCACUGGCAGGACGACCUUGCACGAUGGAAGAACCGCAGGAGGAGCAUCUCUCAGGACUUGAUCAAGAAAGAGGAGGAGAGGAAGAUGAUGGAGCAUCUUUUGACCGGAGACCAGGUCAUCUCUCACAGGCGCCGCAGCAUCAAGACCUACAGGGAGAUCGUCCAGGACAAAGAGCGCCGAGAGGAAGAAUUACGUAUCGCUUACAAGAACGCCCGGACCCAGGAGGAGGCCUCAGCUAUCCUACAGAGAUACGCUCAACGCUUCUCCAUCAGUGAGACCAUAUUGGAACGCCUACAGCUGCCCAAACUUUUAGACCGCAGCGUAUCAGCCGACCCCACCUGCCCCUAUCCCCUGUCCAUCUCCCUGUCCCCCACCUCUCCAGAGCCACCCGACACAGACCCCAACGGCCCCCUGCGGUACCUGCGCCAACAGUCCGCCCCCACGCCCAAGUUCACGUCCACACUGGAGACCCGGGUGGAGGAGUAUCCCAAAGAUUGGUCCCACACGCCUCAGAUCAGGUCGCGGUCCUCGGAGCCCCCCUUGUCCAGAGCACUGUCCCCCAAACCUGUGCCUUUGCUGACGCCCAAGCCUUACUUCCAGUCGCGGAGCUCCACUGACCCAUGCAGCGGCAAGGUGGACAGUCUGCUGCGAGUGAACGGGGACGCGGGCAGUGACGGUGUGCCCUCCACUCCAGACAGUAGCCUGGGAUUUGACUCUCCGGUGUUCCAGGCUUGCACCCCCACCUCCCCCUACACCCCCAGCGGCUCCCCCGCCCCCGUGUUUCUCCCCCUCCCCCCGCUCACGCCCAUAUCACCGGAGACAGCCAGCCCAGUGCCAAACAAUGACCAGGAGAUGCCAAACCACAAACCUGAAGAUGUCCAACAAAAAGAAGCCAAUGAGGACGCGACGCAGCUAACUCGUCCUAACUCGCUGCCAACUGAAUUGCAGAAGCCAGAAGAUAGCUCAGAUAAAUGGUUAAAUGCAGCUCAACCAACUUCUCUCUCAGUUGCCAAAACAGAACAGGAGGUAGUGGAGUCAUCCAGUCAACCCAAACUCCAGUCAGAGACUAGUGUGUCCAUAUCUCAGGAGUGGAAGAGAGAGAGUGUACCUACUAGUGUGUCUGCUCCGGGGUCAUUUGGAGGUCAGGCCUCCACAGAUCAUGCCACAGAAGAACCAGAGAAGGAUCUUCGUGGCAAUGUGUCAGCGGGCUCGUCCCAGGCCAGGCGGAGCGACCGCUGGUCCUGGGACCAAGAGGAGGAGCGACAGCGUCAGGAGAGGUGGCAGCAAGAGCAAGAGCGCAUGCUGCAGGAGAAGUACCGUCUGGAGCAGGAGAAGCUGAAGCAGGAGUGGGAGCGAGCCCAGAGGGAGGUGGCCGAGGAGGAGCGCAAGUACCACGAGGAGGAGCAGAAGAUCCUGGAGGAGACCGUGGCCCCUCUGACCCCUUUGUCCUCUGUCCAGCCGUCCCCCAGUAGAGGGGACAUGUCCACUAGCUCCGCCCCGCAGGACACCAUCGUCCGCUCGCUGGCCGACUGGGAACGCAAACAGGAGGCACUGGAGAGACAGAAAGGGAAUCCCGAAGAACACAAACGCAGAGAAAAUGACCGCACCAGUGACAUCAGUACUGCAGACGACAGCAUGAAAACUGCAAGAAGUUCAUUCAGUCACAGUACGAGCCAAGCCGAUGCACAUGCUCACAGUUUGCAGAAUGGUCAGAAGUCUUCGUCGGUGCAAACCAAAGUGUCCUCUCCGGUCAGUAAAGCGCAAGAGGCCCCAUCGGAGAGCAGCAGACAGAGCAGGAGGAGUGGUCCUCUCGAUAAUAACAACAGGAGCUCAUCAAAGCCCCCCGCUUCACCAUCACCACCCCACCCCCCAUCAGACAGUGCGCCUCCAGUCCCAAACAGGUCUGUGAGUGGGAAGAAGCUGUGCUCGAGCUGUGGACAGCCUCUGGGGAAAGGAGCCGCCAUGAUCAUAGAGACACUCAGCCUCUACUUCCAUAUUCAAUGCUUUAAGUGUGGGGUGUGUAAGGGCCAGCUGGGAGACACCACAACCGGGACAGAUGUGCGGAUCCGGAACGGCCUGUUGAACUGUCACCAGUGCUACAUCCGCUCCCGCUCGGCCGGACAGCCCACCAUGUUGUGAUGCAGCACAGCGAAGCAUGCGGAAGAGCUCUCAUCCAUUUUAACACAAUUACCCACAAACCAUCUCCGCAUCCUCCUCGGGAACCAAUCAGGAUCCAUCGCCGUGCAGAUUCUGGAGACAGUCAAAAUAAUAUCCUCUAUGUAUAUGUCAUCUGAUUUGUCCGUGAAAUCAAUCAGGACGGAUUUGAUUGGUCGAUCGCUCCGUCGAGGGAAGGCUGGGCUGCCGCAGCGUCGGCCAUGUUGGAUACGGUGUUCCAAAACAAUGACAUACAUAAAAGGAGCCUGUGUUUUUACUGCUGAAAACAAUUUUAUCACCAUUCAGUUCCAUGUUACAGGAAUGCAGUAUGUCACCAAGUCUUAAUUCAUCAACGUGGAACAUUUUUAGCUUUUUAAUUUGGAAAAACAGGCAGCUUGAAUUGGAUUAGUUCAUCGUUCAACAGGCUAGAAAUAUAUUUUACCCUUGAAAAAAUUGAUAUGUUUAUGUAAAGAAGUGCAAUAAUGGUCACUAUAAAAACUAUGAUUUAGAGCCUCAGCAACAAACGAGAUUCUUGUUUUUUCUUUUUUUUUUAUUAUUAUUUUAUUCUAUUAUGUAAACGAUAUGGAUGUAAAGUUGAGUAUUUAGGGCAAUAAGAUGACUCAGAAAAGUUUGUAAUGUGCCUUAGAAGCGAGACAUUGCAGGCUAACCACCGGCUUUGUGGUGCUUAGCUGUGAGGGAGAAAUAUGGCGAUUUCUCCAUUGAUGCUUGCUCAUGUACUGUUAUAAUACUUUAUAAUAACUGCUCCAUUUACAGUCUUAUUAAAACAUGAACAAAAACUUAAUUCGUAAUGAGCAAAUUGUUUAUUAAAGCCACACUCGGUAACUUUUAAGCCAAAAAAUAGACAAAAAUGCAACUUCACUUGUAAAAAACAAUGCCUCCUUGCUAUAAGCGGGCUUGCAUCUCCACAGACCUGUCUCUUAUUUGGCCUCCUGCUUGUUUCCGUGGAAAUGUUGUUCCUUUGGCUGUGGAGAAUGUUCCAGAGUAUGGUUUUAACUUUCUGUUGACAUGGAAUCAUGACAUGCCACUUCCAGAAAUCUUCAUACUGUAGCUUUAAGAUUCAGAGUGUCAAGUAGUUCCGAGACCUAAUUUAUUCUUAAUAAACUAUUUGUUCAUUAUGAAUUAAGUCUUUGUUCAUGCUUUAUUAAGGCUAAUUAAGGCAUUAUUAUAAAAAGUUACCUUACCUUUUAAUUUUUACGAUUUUAAAUUCCUAUUCCAUGUUUGCAGUGGUAUGGAAACCCUGAAAACGUUUGAAUCCCGAAUGUUUUAAGCACUAUGCUAUGCUGUUCUUAUGAGGUCAACUUACCGCUCAACAUUAAGAUUGCUUUAUAAACUGCUAAAAAAAAACAUAUUAUGAACAAGAAACAGCAUUGCAUUGUUGGGUUUAUCUGCGGAUGUGCGGUGUGGCUGGACAUUUGACUCACUUGCUUUUAUUUUUGCGUAUUGUGGAUGUAAAAUGCAUGUUGAAAACCAAAUGAUUUGCUGUAUGGAAGCUACUAGCAAGUCCCCAUAGCUCUCAUCCACAGUACUUAGCUUCUAUAAAAAAGCGUUAUAUUGGAGUUUUCUUUUCAUGGCAGAAGAAUAAACUUGGGCUGGUCUCCUUCUGUAUUUAUUGUAUCCAUACUGUUAUGAACACUAUCCCAAACAUAGAUGGGGCUGAUGUUUAAAUGCAAAAGGCAUUUAUAGCAUA